GUAAUAGAAGGUGAAUUUCGCUAUAUUGAUUAUGUAAUACCCAUAGCUAAAAAAUCGGUAUUUCUCUGAUAAACGAUUUAAUACCCAUCAGCUGGCCUCUGUCUAUGGAUCCAAGAACCCGCUUAUAAUGUCUUCCUAUGAUAAUAGAUAUGGCACCAGUGAGGGUAGUCAGUUUGGUUCCUCGUCGAGGCAUUCAAACACGUUGGCUAGACUAGUCAAUUUCUAUGGGAACUCUGGCUCAACAACAACAUCAUCAAUAUCACCAAGUCGAGUACCCACACCGUAUACACCAUCAAGACAAUCACCACCGGUAUUCACUCCUUACAAUGAAUCAACUUCCAACUAUGAGGACAUUAAUCAAACGCGGUUCAAGACAACUCAAGAAUUGACAAGUUUAAGCAGAAUAAAUAAUGAUUCAUCUGAUUCUGUGGUGAUAGCUGGGAAGAAUCUGUUACAAAUACUCAAGAUUGAAAACUCCACAAUAACGCCAGUCAAUGACCUUCUGUCAAGCUCAUAUUACUUGAAGAAUAAGAAAGUUAUAGGUUCUAUAUUGGAUGUGGAGGCUGGUUACCAUAACCAUAGUAAAUUCAUCGCAACUUCAACAACAACUGGGUCCAUCUUCAUCUUCAACAACACCUCCCAGUCUAAAAACAAGCUAGUACUCAAGUAUAGUGACCACACCAGAGCGGUCAAUUCUAUAUCAUUUAGUCAAUUGGAUUCACACUCUUUAUUAUCCGGUUCGCAAGAUGGUGCUAUGAAAUUAUGGGAUUUAAGAUCAAAUUUAACAAAACCAGUAUUCACGAUGAUUGGUAAUUCAGAUGCUGUUAGAUCACUGAAAUUUUCACCUUUCCAUAAUAAAAAAAUGUGUGCAAUCUUCGAUUCAGGUGUCAUACAAAAAUGGGAUCUUAGGGUACCGACCCAAUUUGAAAGAAAGUUUAAUGCACAUACGGGACCUGGUCUCUCGAUAGAUUGGCAUCCUGAGUUGGAUUAUAUUGUUAGUGGUGGGAGAGAUAAACAAGUUCAAGUAUGGAAUAUGAAUAAUAAUGAUGCAAGACAAUUACCAGAACAUGUGAUCUAUACAGCUGCUCCUGUGAAUAAUGUUUGUUUUAGACCAAAUUCAAAUGGGGUUUCCAACAUUAUGAAUGCUGAAGUUGCUACAAGUUUCUUAACAAAUGAUUUGAGUGUUCAAAUUUAUUCCUUAAAAAGAAAGUACAUACCAGAAUACACUAUUGAGAGCCAUCAUGCUCAGAUAAGUGGUCUUGUUUUCAAAGAUGAAAGGACAUUGUUAACAUGUUCUAAGGAUAAAUCUUUAGUCAGAGAUGAUUUGAAUGCAUACUACCACCCAAUAGACAACUUACCUAUAAAUGCAACGUCGUGGUCAGUUAAUGAUGACUUGGUUUUCAUUAAUCAAGAGAGAGAACCUAAAGAAUUAGAACCAAUAUUAGAGUCAAAUAAUCAAUAUAGUGGGUUCAAUCCUAUUUCUUCAAUGAUGUCCACGUCCCCAAAUAACUCACCGGGGAAUUCUGCUGGAACUACAGCUGUGAAUACACCAUCAGUCUCCUCAUUCCCAGAUUUAUCACCAAGACCAGGUAUUUCAAGAAGUUCAAGUACAGCACUGAGACCUAGCGUUAAUCGUGCAUUAUCCCAUGGGAGCCAUCAUAACAAUGUUUCAAAUUAUUCAAAUCCAUUUGUUGUUCCAAUUUCAUUGCCCAUUUCCAAAAGUAAUGCAUCAUUGAAAUAUUUAUCUGAUAAUUAUAUGUUUGAUCCAUCACAUGAUUUGAUAAUGAGUUGUGAAAUAAAUGCAAGUGUGGCUAAUGAUGUUGAUUGUCUUAGAGAUUCACAAACUUGGAAAGUUAUCAAAGAAUCACUUAUAUGGGAAACACAGUUAGAGAAUGAAUUGAAAUAUGAACUAGAUGGUACCACGGAAGUUGAAAUCAAUACCACUGCUGGCCAUGACUAUGAAACUGAUAAUGAAAAAGAUUAUCAUUAUAGUACUUCAAACUCUACAACAAACUAUGGUAAAUCACCUGCCUUGAGUGAUUUAAGUGAAUUUAAUUCAUUGAAUUCUAAAGAGAUGUCAUUAAGAUCGAAGGAGGAUUUGAAAAUCACCAAAGCUCGUAAAAGUUUUGAUGAGAUUCAAGAAAAGGGUGAAGAAGUAUCUGAUGAUCAAGAGGAAGUUGAUAAAAAUAAGACAGUUACAAAAGAGGAUAUUUUGAAAUGGGACGAUUUACCGGUGAAACAAGUUACAGAAAAAGAUGAUACAGUGACAAAGGAAGAAGAUGAUGAAGAGGAACAACAAGGAGAAGAGGAGGAAGCUAUUGAAUUUGUGGAAUCCAAGGCCACGUCAAAGCCAAUAUCUUUACCAGGGAAACGUAAACCUAGAAGUUCAAUUCUGGAGGCUAUUUUACCACCCAAUUCUGAUGAGUCAAACAAGAUUGGGAAAUCAUCAUCACCAUCAUAUUCAAUUACAUCAUCUUUUUCAAAUGCAUCAAAUUCUUUGAGACCACUAACACAAUCAUUGGCACCAUUAUUACACAAAUCCAAUUUUAACAAGUUGACAAAGCAAGAUAGUCAUAAAUCAGAACUAACAAGACAAUUAACAAAUCAAAAACAAGAAAAAGAAGCGGAUAAUAAGUUAAUUUUACCACCUUAUGCACCAAAGUUUCUCAUAAAGAAAGCUAUUGACUUCAGUUUACAACAAGGAGAUUUGAUAAUGAGUUGUACUUUAUUAUUGUUGUUUAAUGAUCGUUAUAAAUUAUAUGGUGAUAAGAUUGUUAAAGAUAUGAUUCAUUCAUAUUUAGAAUUUUUGAAAAAAUUACAAUUUUUCAUAACUUUUACCAAGAUUAUCUCAAUUUCUAAAUAUAAUGAAUUUAAAGAAAUGUCAUUAAAUUCUACAAUUCUCAGAAGGUUUUGUUCAAAAUGUGGAGUACUGAUAGUAAAUGAAAACUUGAAAGAAGCUGUUCUUAAAGAUCCAAAAAUUGAAUUUGUGGACAUUUUGGAUGUUUCAAAACAUGGAUAA